AAAACUGAAAGCGAAUUAAAUGCCUUAUUUGGAAAGAAAAACAUGAACAAGGAUUUGUCCUCCGACUUAGUCAUGGAGUCCGACAGAGUCAGUCCGCAAUAUUUGCCGCCGGAUCCUAAAUUGCCCAAAGAUCAUUCCCAAAAACUGUUGCUGGAGCAAACGUUUACAACGUACGACGGGAAGACUAUUUCUGCGGCCACGCUGACGAGCUUACCUGACAUUAAUAGAGUUAAUACCAAACUCUUCUCUUCCAAACUCCCCGCUAACACGGAAUUGCUCCUAAAGAUGCCCCAAUUCGGUCCAUUUAAAGGAAAAAUUCCUCCACCAGUGGAUGAGCAUAUUAAAAAAGAUUCUCUACAUUCCUCGCGACUUCCCGUGACCCACUUAAAGCUUAUCAGUUCGCUUGUGCCCAAGGAAAGUAAUACAAACAUAAACGAAUCUCAUGACGGAGGAAAUCAUAGAAUAAAUGUCAGACACAAAAAUGAAAAUAGUAACCAGCACUCCGUCUUUCAUGAUAUAGAAUACGACAGCAAAGAAAAUAGUGACGAAAAUGAAAACAAACAUAGAUCAAAACGUAAUAUAAAAAUGGUACACUUACAAACUGGAAAAGAGAUUGACACUUCUGUGAAUCAUUUUAAUCCAGAAGACGGUAUCGAGAAUCAGUCAGAGAGCUUGGUAGUGGCCGCUGCCCACUCCACCACACGCGGUGUCUGGACUGUCAAUUUAAUUCUAUUAGUAUUGUGUCUGAAAUUAUCGUAAAAGUAUUAUUGAUAAGUAUUUAUUCAUUUAUUUAUUGAUUAAUUACUAAGCCUUGCCAUCAAAUGCAUUUUGUAAAAGAAAACCACGUCUUAAUAUAAGUAAGCGGUAAGCCUCGGGACAACAAGAUAUUAUUGUCAACGACUGUCGGCGGACUCCACUACUCGGACAUAACUUCUCCUGUUACCACAUUUUAUAUGCCUAAUGCAAUUCAAUACUCCGUUAGUUGUAAGUUUUUGUAAAUAUUUUUAUAAAAUGUUAGAUAACUUUA